AUGUCACCACGUCCAUUUAAUUUAAACAUGAAAAAGUUACCGAUUCGUAUUUGGCCAACCAAAAUUAGUACUUGUGUCGGUAUCGCUUCUUGGAUUCCUGUAAUAAUUUGGAGUUUAGACCAUGGAUACACUAUAAGCUCUGUAAGCGGGCGAUCUAUGCAGCCAACAUUCAAUCCAGAUUCAAACAAACUCACUAGAGAUAUUGUUUUAUUGAAUCGUCAAGCCGCUAUUAGUCAUAAAUACAAAAGGGGUGAUGUAAUCUUGAAUGGGUUUAGCGCGCCAGAUGACCCAGAUAAGGUGAUAACCAAACGAAUCAUAGCUUUAGAAGGAGAUACAGUUUUCACACUGCCACCAUAUCCAGAUAAAUUUUUAAGAAUACCGAAUGGACAUUGUUGGGUUGAAGGUGAUGAUGUAUAUCACAGCAAAGAUAGUAACACUUUUGGGCCGGUACCGUUGGGGUUAAUAAAUGCCAAAGUAACAUAUAUCCUAUGGCCAUUGCCAAGAUUUGGUAAAGUUCCGCAUAUUGAGAAACCAGGACGGGUGGCUAUAUAUGCAGAAUCAUCAGCUUUUUAG